CAGCUGAUGCAUAUUGUCAACCCUGGCAGGAAGUGCAUCUGCGCGUUUGUCCGGAACAUGAGGACAAGAAGCUGUCUUAUCCUCUGCGAACUCAACACCAAACUCGUGCUCUGACGGUAAACGAACCGUUCCUCGCAUGAGAGAGUCGUCACGUUACCGAGUGUCUGUCUACAUGUUCUCCUAGCUGCCAGCUACGGAAUAAAAGCAUCAGGUGAUGGACAGUUGUGGGAGAGGACGGCCAUGGGGAAAGCUCGUCAAAGUGGACUCCAGUGAGACAGUCCUGCUUUUCAGCAGGGAAUGCACAGUUGGCAGGAAAAAGGGAUGUUAUCUGUCAUUUCCAGCCAGCAAACUGGUGUCAGGAGAGCACUGCAAGAUUGUGCAAGAUGAAAGCUCGGGCCUGGUGUGGCUUGAAGACAUGAGCACUAAUGGCACAGUGAUCAACAUGUCCAAACUGGUCAAGAAGCAAACUCACAUGCUGCAGAACGGUGAUGUCAUCCACUUUGUUUAUAGGAAAAGUGAACCAGAACAAAACAUCGCCUAUGUUUACCACUCAAUCAAAACGGAGCAAGCUAUUUCACAACCUUGUUAUGAUGUGGAGAGACCAGCACACAGUCCUGCUUCUGUCCCAGCUUCAGACAUGUCGCUCUCUGUGGAGCCUGUGAUGCUCACAAAGGCUCCUUGUGAUCCGACUCAGGAGGAACCUCAACCCUCCACCUCAACUUCCCACUUCUGCAUCGAAAGUCCCCUCACUUCUGGUCCCAUCGCAACCACAGCCUCUCCCGCCUCUGGUUGUGCUAAAGAAGAUAUGGAAAAUAUGGAGCCAGAAAGUAAACGGCGGAAAAAAGAUGACGAUAAAGAUUAUGAUUCACGUCCACCACAAUCCUCCAGUGCAGAAGUCAUCGGUGCAGCUAAGGGAACUCAAGGGAGUGUUUUACCCAAACCUCCAGUGGAAGGGGCUAAAACCGACAAGAUGGAGGAGUCUCUGACAUGUGUUAUUUGCCAGGACCUGCUGCAUGAUUGUGUCAGUUUGCAGCCUUGCAUGCAUGUCUUCUGUGCUGCCUGCUACUCGGGCUGGAUGGAGCGUUCUUCACUUUGCCCCACCUGCCGCUGCCCUGUGGAGAGGAUUCGUAAGAACCACGUCCUCAACAACCUUGUGGAGGCUUACCUCAUCCAGCACCCAGAAAAGUGUCGCAGUAAGGAGGACCUGAAGAGCAUGGACAGCCGUAACAAGAUAACUCAGGAUAUGUUGCAGCCAAAAGUUGAGCGCUCUUUCUCUGAUGAGGAGGGAAGCUCAGAUUACCUCUUUGAGCUCUCUGACAACGACAGUGACUCUUCAGACUUCAGUCAGCCUCUGUUGGUGUGCAGACAGUGUCCCGGCUACAGGCGGGAGGUCAGUCAGGUGCUGUUUGCUACAGGUUCAAACUACUGGUUCCCCGGUCUGUCCGCUCCAGCGCCUGUACCUGCUCCACCCAAACCAGCAAAUGAGGAAGGCUCUGCAAAGCCCACAGGGGAACAGCCCUCAACAUCCUCUGAUGACCCCUCUGCUCCUCCGGAGUACUGCUGCCCCCCUCAGGGCUGCCAUCUCAUCUGCACCUGCUGCCUCCAGCCAAUGCCAGAAAGACGGGCAGAGCCGAACAGCCAGCAGGUCGCUGCUCAACAUUGUGUGCUGUGCCAGCGACCCUUCUGUCACAUGUACUGGGGUUGCCAGAGGAUUGGCUGUCAGGGCUGUCUGGCUCGAUUCAGUGAUCUCAAUCUGACAGACAAAUGUUUGGAUGGAGUGCUUAACAACAAUAACUAUGAGUCAGAGAUCCUCCAGAACUACCUGUCCUCCCGGGGGAAGUCAUGGAGAGAUCUUCUUCAGGAGGCUCUGCAGGGUUUACAGCAAGCAAACUACUGUCUGACAGAUUGCCGCAUCUCUGCGAACACCGUCAUGUGCUUCUGCUGCGGUGUGCGAGCAUUUAAGGAGCUGGCCUACAAGUACAGACAGAACAUCCCUCUUUCUGAACUGCCAGCUACUGUAACAUCUCGCCCCGACUGUUACUGGGGACGCAACUGCCGUACACAGGUGAAGGCUCAUCAUGCAAUCAAAUUCAACCACAUUUGUGAGCAGACACGUUUCAAGAACUGAAGCAGAAGAGUGGUUUGUCUCCUCAGUGUCAAAUGUUCUGAUCAUCUCACACAUGAUCUUUUUAUGUCCAUCGUAGCCUUCCUGCCAUUAUGCAAUAAAUGAAUGCAGAAAUUACAAUCAGUAUACAUUUACAUUAGUGACCAGUGUCUCGCUUUGCACAGGUCUGUGCGAAAUAAUGCUAUGCACGAAUUCAGCUUCAACAACUAAAGUUAAGUUUCAACAUGUUCGGACCUGGUUAUUUGCAUUAAACUGCAGCCACCAUUUAUAUUGUAAUCAUUUUCUCUGUGGCUCAUGCAUUUGUCUAAUUUACCCGGUAACAACCACUUUUUGACAGUUAUUUAUUUGUUUUUAGUUAAUUGUACUUCCUGGUAUGUCAGGCCUCCAGCCUGUGUGACAAAAAUGUUUUCCUCUCAGAUAAAGAGCGAUUCAGGCAAUCUGUAAGGAAUAAGGCCAUGUACUGUAUGUACACAUACAAAUGUUGAUAUGCAUGUUUAAUGUUAUAUCUUUAUUCAGCCUUAGUUAUAGAGUCUUAAAGGAUAUGAUGCAUAUUUUCUAUUUUACGUCAGUGUUUUAACAGGCUUAAGAGAUGCAAGGCUUCAAAUGUUAGAAAGUCAACACAAACAUCUGUUGCAGUCAAAGUGAAGUGAUAAAUAGUUUUACAGUAUUACAGUUAUAGUAACGCAAUGUGGCCCCAUUCUGUGCAGAUAUGAUUCUCACAAGAUCAUGUCUCACCUCUGAUGGUCGGUUCCUGUUUUGCAAGAGCAAAAGUUCAUGUCAAAGCCCCUCACACAAACUAGGGUAGAUUUAUAAUCUCAUGUGAUAUUCUUGUAGGAUUUCAUGUCUGUGGGAAGGGGAUCAACGUGUUGUAAUGCAGUCAGAAUGCACUGGAGGCUCCUUUGUAUGCUUUGCUCUGGAUAAUCAUCUCUAAAGUGAUUAAAGUUGUGUAGAAGGGACGUGUUCUUAGAGCCUUGUAGUAAGGGCUAAGCCACGAGGAAAUGCAGUUACUUCAUGUCGACCUAGGUGUGGAAAAAAUCCUGGCUGCACUCUAAGCAACCACUAACAAUGAAUCUGACGGGGCUUGUUUUCAUAUGCAACGUGUUGCAGGUUAAAUAGUGCCAAUACAAACACAGGAGUGUGUUUUGUCAUUUUUGGGUUCUGGUUAUAUAUGUUGUAGCUUACCUUGCAAGCUUUGUGAUAGAGGUUUGUUCAGAUCGUGUUGAAGUUUUGGAGAUUUUAGAUGAUCAGAGUGUUGGAUCUAGUUGGAUUUAAAAUUUAAGUUAAAUAGAAUCAUUUUCUCUGGUUCCUCAGGUGCACAGAGCUGCUGUUUUGAUGUGUUAAAUGCAGGCUAACCAUGGUUAAUGGUCAAAGGUCAAAGGUUCUGUGUCAAUGUAAAAGUCUAUUGAUGUAGAUACUACAAAUCAGCCCACAGGGUUUUUCCCUUUCUUACAGUUUUCACUUCAAGAGGCCUUAUAUACUGAAAUACUGGGAUAAAUAUUAGUCUUGAUGGUCGCCUGUUUGGGUUUUUUUGUUAGUAGGGUCACUGUUAGUGUGUAGAAAUACUGGUGAAUAUGAAGAGCAGAGGGAAGAAAAAUGUUCAAAUCAGGCCUUGGCUUGCAUUAGUAUAUAUGAUGUAUAGUUUCACACAAACAUUUUGAUCUUGUUUUUUGAAAUUAUUUAGUUUACUUUUGCUUAAUGUUUCUAUAUUGUACAGCAAUAUAGGGUAUUUGCACAUAUUUGUCCCACACACAUUUAAAGGCUUCUUUUUUAAAGUUUAAGAUAUGAACUGAACAUCCUGGAGGAGGUGUCUGUGGUGUAUCCAUUGUCAAUAAUCUUUCUCAUAAUACAAACGUUUUAAUCAUAUGAAGAGUUUAAUUCCAAAAUCACAUAUACAUCACCAAAAAGAAAAAUACACAUUUGAAAUAUAUACUUUUUUAAAGAGAUCCUUAACAGUGUAAGAGUUUAGAAAAUGAUGUGCAUUUGUGUUAUAGUUUUAGUAACAUCAGUCAUGUAUGUACACAAUAUGUGUUGUUUCGGAAUGUAGCUCUUUAUUUUCAUUGCAAAUCUUACAUGGAUUUGUGAAUGGGCACUUUCCCGGCCUCUGCCUGAGCUCCUUAGUUAAUUUGUGGUGUUCGCAUGGUGGGGUAGGUGUAUUUUGUUGUUUUGUUUCUUGGCCCCCCUCAGCCACAGUGGGUCCAUAUUGGCAUUCCUCAGCAGCUCAGGCCCUCAGCACAAGCCUGGUCGAUCCCCCCCGACGGAGUGGCUAGGUUUUAAUUACUCCCUACAGGAGAUCUGGGCACCCUAAGCCAACAGCAGUUUCAAGCCGCUCCAAUCAGGGAUUGGUAUUAAAGCAGCUUUGGAGCCGUGCUUUGCAUUCUCCGUGGGGUCGGACGUGAGGGGUUAUGUUGUAUGUCGAGGCAAAUAUUUACUCACCUUGUGUGCAAAAGUCUGGACCAAGCUGCUCAGCAGUAACAGAAAGAGGCAGGUUUCAUUCUACCUCAGCACAGCUUCCAGGAACGUGGGAGACUGAACAGGCAUCAGUGUCAUGUCGGUUCAAAGCUGGCCGUGCAUCUCACAGUACAAUGGUGAUGCCUGUAAACUUUGUAAACAAUGCACUAUGUGAACAGUUAGUCCACUAUAAUCCAAUUAAAUCACUAGAGUAGCACUAGGCACAUGCAGAAAUUUAAGUUUGAGAAUUAUGUUUUAGAAUUUGAUCAAUGCUUCUUUACCCUGUAUGUUGUAUCAGCAAGGCUACAAUUUUCCUUGAAAUGCAAAUGGAUCUGAUCUGCUUGUCACCAUCACAGAGUAAGGAGAUGUCUGUAGAAAUUGACUUGUUUUUAUCAGUACUUCAAACUCAUUUUAAAAAUGUGAUUUGCUUCUUUUACUUCUAUUGGAUGUUUCGAGUUUCACUAUUUGACACAAGAAAGAUUCAUCUGUUGUGGAAAAAGCUUCUCUAUGCUCACCUUUAAACCUGAGAUUCUUGCAUGUGGGUGUGAGCAGAACUUUGUGACAUCACAAAGGAAGAAGCCAAUCGUGAUCCAAACCCACCAAGAGAAGUAGUUAAACGUGAAAUGAAAAAUUUAGAUUCAUAGAUAAUUGGUUUUUCAGUGAAGCAGUAGAUUUUCUGUAAAUAAUGUUUAAGUUUUUGGGGUUAAAAAAUAUGCACCCUCCAGUUCAGUAGGGUCCAGUUUACUAAGGAUUGUAUCUGUAGUGUCACCUAGUGCAAGUGGUGCUCACAUAAAUGCAAUAAAUCCCAGUUUGACUCAA